UCCUUCCUCUUUGGACUCGCUGCAAGCCAGGUACACAGCAUCAUUACCGACCACCGUUCAGCUGUCACACGCAUCAAGAGAGCGCGUUCAGUUUGCAGGAAAACUUCUCAGAGUUGGCCCUGCUCCUCAAGUCCCCCCCGCGAUGAGUUACUACAUGGAUUCAGUUUCUGCCUACCCGCAUCUUCACCCCUGUGACCGUCUGGGUGCAAUGCAGAGGCAGAGUGGAGGUGUGGCUGCGGGCCUGCAGACCCACUUCCCAGGGGCGGUUCACCCCCAGAAGCCUGGGUGCCCCUCCCAGCCCACCUACCCACAAGAUGUCUCCUGCCAGGAGGUGCCCAACGGACACGAGCUCUGCCUCACAGAUCUGGAGUGCGGAGAUGUCCCUCUGCUAACCCCAGGAAGCAAAGAGAUGAUGUCUCAGGCUCUUAAGGCCACGUUUAGCGGCUUCACCAAGGAACAGCAGCGACUUGGCAUUCCCAAAGAUCCCAGACAGUGGACAGACAGCCAUGUUGCAGAGUGGCUGACGUGGACGGUGAACGAGUUCAGCCUGAAGAACGUGGACUACCACAAGUUCCGUAUGAACGGGGCCAUCCUGUGCGCUCUGGGCAAGGAGCGCUUCCUGGACCUGGCCCCCGACUUUGUGGGCGACAUCCUCUGGGAACAUUUAGAGAUGCUCCAGAAAGAGGAAACAAAGCAUUUCCCUGUCAUCGGUCUGUCCUCCAACUUCCAGGAAUCCAGAUAUACCUCAGACUACUUUGUCAGCUAUGGUAUUGAGCACGCUCAGUGUGUCCCUCCAUCAGAAUACUCGGAGCCGGGUUUCAUCACAGAGUCCUACCAGACGCUCCACCCAAUCAGCUCGGAGGACUUGAUCUCCCUCAAAUACGAGAGCGAGUAUCCCAACGUCAUCCUGCGCGACGCCACCCUCAACUCCCUGCAGACCGAAUACUUCUCCGUGAAGCAGGAAGUGGUCUCUCCUGACAACAUGUGUGUGGGGCGCAUCAGCCGAGGCAAGCUGGGCGGCCAGGACUCCUUCGAGAGCAUCGACAGCCUGGAGAGCUGUGACCGGCUCACCCACUCCUGGAGCAGCCAGUCGUCCUUCAGCAGCCUGCAGCGGGUGCCCUCCUACGACAGCUUUGAGUCGGAGGACUACCCCAGCGCCCUGCACGGCCACAAGCCCAAGGGCACCUUCAAGGACUACGUGAGGGAGCGCUCGGAGCUCAACAAGGACAAGCCCGUCAUCCCCGCCGCCGCGCUCGCCGGAUACACAGGCAGCGGUCCCAUCCAGCUGUGGCAGUUUCUCCUGGAGCUCCUGACGGACAAGUCCUGCCAGUCCUUCAUCAGUUGGACGGGCGACGGCUGGGAGUUCAAGCUCUCCGACCCUGAUGAGGUUGCCCGGAGGUGGGGCAAGAGGAAAAACAAGCCCAAGAUGAACUACGAGAAGCUGAGCCGGGGCCUGCGCUACUACUACGACAAGAACAUCAUCCACAAGACGUCGGGCAAGCGCUACGUGUACCGCUUCGUGUGUGACUUAAAGAGCCUGCUGGGGUACAGCCCUGAAGAGCUGCACGCCAUGUUGGACGUUAAGCCAGACGCUGACGAGUGAAAGCAGGCGCCGGCCAAGGUGACGAGGGAAGGAAGGAAGGAAGGAAGGAAGGAAGGACGAAAAAGAAGGAAAUGUAACGUUGAGGAACAUAUAGGAACUGUGGACUCGAAAAUGAGAUUUUAAGUGUCUGUUGGAGUGGGUCAUUUUGAUUUAAUUUUUUCGAGGGGGGGAUCUCAACAUUUUUUUAUGACUAACUGUGGGCUUUCUCAUAAUAGAGCUCCCGUCCUACAGUGUUUUCCACGCAAGCACAUGGCGAAAGUACAAAUAUUCAUAAUCUGGUGUGUGUGUGUGUGUGUGUGUGUGUGUGUGUGUGUGUGUGUGUGUGUGUGUGUGUGUGUGUGUGUGUGUGUGUGUGUGUGUGUGUGUGCCGGUGAGUAGGUGGUAUAUGCAGAUGUGAACUUUGCUGUGCAAGGCCAAUGCAACGCUACCUGCUAAAGUAGAGGUUUCUCUUUUACCCUCGUGUCAUAGUAGCACAAGAAAAUUAACGGCCAAGAUAGUGCAACGGAGCUACCAUUGGUUGACCGUAGUAUUCCCGCUAUGGAAAUCUGCUAUGGAAAAACAAAAGGAAGAACAUGUCACAUUCCCACAACGCUUCUAGUCAUGCAAUGACUGCAAGGGUAGAGCUCUCAGCUAGGACCAAAAAGUGUUUUUGUUUUCUAUUUUCUAUUGUUUGAGAAGCAUUUACUUGUGCCAGUAUUAUAUUGUAGUCAAAAAACCUUCCUAUUGUGCAUUUUAUCGAGCAUACAUUGGUUCAGCUGUAUUUUAUAUAUUUUUAUGUUGUAGGGGUUAUUUUCUUUUACAAUGAAGAUGUUGCAGUGUUAACCCUUUUGAGUAAUGUCCCUUUUUGUUAAAAUUGUUGACAAGCAACUAAAAUGAGCCGUCUUGGUUUAAAAGACUAAACUACACUGGCCUGCUAACUGUCGGCUAUGGGGGCUUGUUUUUCACUCAUACCAGGAGUGUUUCACACAGACGGCUGAAAAAUGAUCUGAAGCUUUGAAACUGACACCUCGGCAAACGCAUACAGACGCCUCAUUACAGGUUCAUGAAUACAGUGACCGAAACCGUGGCAGUUUCACAAACAUCAGGUUAGCAUUAGCAUUAGCUGACAAUCUUAAGUUGUGUGCAUCUUCAGUAUUCUGGCCACUAGGUGCCUAACACGCAUAUUAAUGAGCACAAUUUAUCACUUCUUUCACUUCAAUACUGUCCACAUCAUGUUCCGUGUAGCUUUGGAACCAAUGUGUUCGAACAUUGUUUCUAAUGCUGUCAAACCACGCCAUUUUAUUUUUAUAAAGGGUAGUUUAGGGACUGGAUUUAUUUCUUAAGUAGUUGGUAGUAUUAUUUGUAUGUGGGCUUGAGGAACUGCUGUAAAGGUCUUAAUGUUGAAUUUAGGGCAAAUGGAGAAAGUAAAAAAACUGAUUGUAUUUAGAAUGAAACAUGUAUAGGGAAGUUAGAAUCAUCAUAAGGAAGGUAUCGAUGUAUGCUGCCAAAUGUUUGCCUCGUUUGAGUUGUAAAUAUCACUGGUAGCAAUCAUCUGCAGAACAAACAUAAGUAUGGAUCUGUAUUAAUACAGAGGAAGGUGUAGAUAUAGAUGGAGAUGGCAAGCGAUGGAAAGAAGGCAACCGAUUGCGAGAUGCAAAUGGAGUAUGAGAGAUUAAUUCACUGGUUAGAUAUCUGAGCAAAAUGGCAACAUUUUUCUCAAAUGUUUCUAUUGGGAACAGUGGCACAACACUGGCCUUAUGGGAAAAGCCAAAGUCAAGAAAUAUCUUCUUAUGAUACAAAUGUUAUUGUUUACAGUGGCUGACUGUUACCCAUAUGGAUGAGAAGAGAGUUGGCGUCUGUUUGUCCAGAUUGUAUUUCAAUGCUUUGAGACCCAACUUUUACAAACAAGCAAGAGACAAGGCAGAAAUAAUAACCAAAACUCACGUGAGGUCUUCAGCAAUGGCUGACCGGGCGCCGUAUACAAAAUAACACGGGAGACCCCAAAUGUUUCACUUUCCUUUUUUAUAUCACACGGUCUCUACUUAUCAUUAUAUUUUAUUGACAUAAUACAAAGCACAUAGCUUUAGAAUGAACAUAAAACACCUUUCCUGGUGUAUGUAUUCCAAUUGAUUGUAAAAUAAAAAAAAAAUAACAAAAAAAAUGAGCUAUUUACACAUUUAUGAUAUUUAUUUGCCAACCAGCUUGAGCGUCCCCAUUAGUCAGCAUUGACAUCCGAAUGCUGACCUUCACUGGGUAUCCUCAGCAGAGCAAGACCUAGUCUUUAACUGGGUCGGUCAAACUCUGCUGGUCGAUACCAUUUGUGUGCGAAGUCUUAUGAAACAAACACUGUUGGCUUGAAUUUUUUGUCAUUUUCAGGUUAUUUUAAAUGUCAAAAGAAUGUUUUAUGCUAGAGCAAACAAAAUGUAUACAUAUUGUCUGUCGUUGUCAAAAGCCCUGGAAGCCAGUUGUUCUUCUUUCAUUUUUGUUUUCCCAAUAAGAAAGGAAUGUGUGUACUAUUGCUUUAAGGUGAAUCCUUAUGUAGCUUAAACAGUUAAGAAUUUAAAUUGAAGAAUUUUUCAGGAAAAAUAAUGACUUAAUGAGUGUUAUAGAUAAUAGUUUAUUGCACAGUUCUUUACAGUUAACCGACUUCGGCAAAUAUAUAUGAAUAUAUAUAUAUAUAUAUACCAAUACAUUGUGUCAUAUGCAUAUCUAGGAAUGGAUUCAGUACACAAAGGACAUUUGUUUUGGAUGUUUGUUUUUGUAUGUUUUAACAGUAUUUCUGUAUUUUUGUUAAUGAGCUCAUUUUUUUAAUGUAUUAAGUUCAGAAACAUUUGAAUAUUUUUCAAUAAUUUAUAUUUUAUAAAAUACAAGAGAUGCAGACAGCUGGUGCUUUCAUGGGAAUUUGGAAAAAAAGGUAGUACAAGACAAAAAUGUAGCGUUUCUUUUCUGUUCUUUUUAUUUUUUAUAUGUCUAGAAAAUAGACCUGUCUGCUAGAGAAAAGGCUAUGAUGCUGGCCCAUCAAUGAUUUCUGCUGGAAAGUUUUAUAAACUGUAGCUUCUAUUUCUAAAAUGUACUUCAUGUACUUCAAAAUGUUACGUUAUAAAAAAUAUAUACGUGAACAAAGCUUUCCUAAUCCUUCUA